CUUACGAAAUGGCGAAUUUUAACGGAGAGAAGGUACAAGAAGUGCCCGAUGGAAGAAAAGUCUCAGAAAUAUCAAACUCAGAUAUGUAUAAUAUUUCGGAAAAUAGUGAAACAAGUGCAUCUGAAAUAUGUAGCAAACGCAAACCCAUCUCUGCAGUACUUUGUGCUAUUGACACCUCUUUCAUUGCUGAAAACAAAGUGGUAUGAAGUGUCACUCCAUCACCUCGCCAUUUUGGAAUCGCGGCUGGAAAUAUUAUCUCAACACGACAAGGGCCAACUUGAUUUGCAAACUGAAAGAGUUUUCAUCGAAAAUCCUCACUUGUACGGUAGGGUCGAUCAUGGUGAUAAAUGGAACGAUAUUGACGAAGACACAUUGCGGACAUUUAUUUCCGUAUUUAUUCUUUCAAACGUGUGUCGAUAACUACGAAAGGCUGUGUGCUUCC